AUGAGAGACCUUCAGCCAGAAGAAUCAUCCAACGAUUAUUUGGAAAUGGCCGAAUCCAACAUGGAUUGGUCGGCGACGGCUGCCAUUUACGUGGAAGAAUCCAAGGUUGUUCCAUUAUUGUCAUCAGUCGAAAUUUCCACGACCAACUCGCAUUGCUCGCACAAUAAGCAUCAUUCGGGAUUUUGUGGAAGAGUGCAGCUGACCCUUCAUGCUGCCUCUUCCUCACUGGCAUUUUGUCGCAAAGUGACAGAAGACAACCAGUAUCGAUACUUUACUCUGGCCAAACCUCCCAUAUUGAACAUUAAACUCGUGUAUUCCGUAAUAAUUAUGUCAGACGAUGAGGAGCAGGUGGAGGAAGGAUUGGAGGACUCGAGCACGUUCAUCAUGCCUUCCCAAGUCAAAAUCGAUUGGGAAUAUUAUCCUCCCGAACUACCCGAGCUGGAAAAACCCACAAUCAUGUCUUGGCUGAACAAGAAAUGCCAAGUGAAACUACAAGAAGAAACGGAACUCAUGACCAUGUGUGCCUCUUUCAGUAUUGUCGAACUAUGCGAGCAUGAAUUAUGGAGCUAUUGGGAAACCAUUCAUGAGGAAGGCGACUAUCGUUUGAUUCUAUUGCCACCACAGAUGGAUUUGUUGUAUCAUUCCAAUGUGGGGUCGCUACUAAAUCCUCGUCAAGAAGCACUGGCAAUGGAACGAAAGAUGCAAAAGGCGGAGGAUGCGAAACGGAAAGCAACCAAAUCAAAAAGAAAUAAAGACGACAAAUCCAAGUCAAAGUCGCCGCCAGCUCCCACACGAAAACUACAGUUUUCAAAUCCACCCAAGGAUGUUCUCGACUAUGCCAAACAAGCAUUGAUUUUGUCGUGGCAAAAGCUGUACAUGACGAAAUGUCCCAUUUGCUUCGAUACAACGCGUUGCGACAAGGGUGUCACUUUGCCAUCCUGCGGCCAUUUCUUUUGCCAAGAUUGCUUUCCAAUCUACCUCAAAGUCAAAGUAACCGAACUGGCUGGGUAUAGGACCAAUCCUUUUUUGUGUCCCAUUGACAAGUGUCGGUCCGAAAUAUCCAUUGAUCAAACGGUUCAGUGUCAUAUUACAUCACAAGAAUACAAGCAAAUCCAACGAUGGCAACGAGAUUUGCAGUAUCCCAUUUGCUACUCUCUAGACCGAUGCUUAUCCAAAGCUUGUGUCGAAGAAACUACUAAAAUGAUCCAGAACCAAGACUAUGAAAAAGAAGACGUAUGUAUGCGCAAACGAUCCAAAGAUGCCAAGAAUACCUUUGUCUUUUGCGAUUGCUGCGACAAGAGUUGGUGUGAACUAUGCCUCAAGCGCAUCAAGCAGGGUGUCACCCGGCAGGAACACCGAGAAGUUUGUGAAUUUCAAACGACGCUCAAGUUUUGUCGACGGUACAUUCGAGCAACGCCAGAACAAAAGAAGAAUUGCGAAUCCAAGUAUCCAUGGAUUGUGAACUAUGCAGUUUCGAGACAACAUGAUGGAGUAGCCUUGCAAUGGAUUUUGGAAAAUGGACAAUGCUGUCCCAAUUGUUCGAAUGGCGUCGAACGAAUCGAAGGUUGCUUUCAUAUGAAGUGCCCAACAUGCGCGACCCAUUUCUGCUAUGAGUGCGGUCAAGAACUCUUUCCACCAUAUUAUGGAACACAUCACUGUUGGGAGGAAGAUAACGGAGACUUCAAUGACCAGUUCCAAUAG